AUGACUUUUGUGUAUGUACUUAGUGGAUGGGAAGGAUCUGCAUCGGAUUCAAGAGUCCUUAGAGAUGCUAUUUCAUGUCGUAAUAACCUCAAGAUAUCAAUUGGGAAUUAUUAUUUAGUGGAUGCUGGUUAUACUAAUUGCAAGGGGUUUCUAGCACCAUAUAGGCAUACUCGAUAUCAUGUACGAGAAUGGACCUAUGGUAGAAAUGCACUUAGAAACUUUCGAGAAUAUUUUAACAAGAAACACUCUUCAGUUAGGAACAUUAUUGAGCAUUGUUUUGAUUUACUGAAGAAGAGAUGGGCAAUUUUGAGGAGUCCUUGUUUCUACCAAAUCAAGACACAAAAUAGAAUAAUUAUUGCAUGUUGUCUAUUACAAAACUUUAUUCGGCUUAAUAUGGACUCCGAUCUUGAGGAGGACAUAUUACUUGAGAAUGAGCAAGUGCUUAUUGGAGAGGAGCAUGGUGAUAAACAAGAUGGCGAUGAUGAAAUGAUUGACAGUGUAGAGGGCAGUAAUGAAUGGACAGUUUGGCGAGACAACUUAGCACAUGAAAUAUUUUAUAUUGUAAGACUUAAUGGUGGAACUGUAAUCGUUAUUGAUGUUGUGUUUUGA